AUAAGGUUAACUUUGGUGUCAGUUCCAGUCAGUUCAAAGUGGUUCUAAUAUAUCUUUAUAAUUUUUUUGGAUUAGAAUUUAUUAGUUUCAUUUAAAAAAAGUAACAAUUGCAUAAAAUCAUUUAAAGUGAGAAAACUCGUAAAUGAAAAGAGAGUCCUUAGUAUUAGUAGAUUUAGUAUAAUAUAUAUUCAUUAUUUAUUUAUGAGAGUCAUAAGGCAAAUAUUUAUUUACAUUCCGUUUAAAAAUCUAUUUUUAGUGCAGAAGAAUCAGUUUUUGUGUCUGAAAGUUUUCAGUUUUUAUUCAACGUCUAGGUAUUCUGUAGGUAUUCGAGAAAUUCCAUAACUAUUGAGUAAACAGUGAAAUCUAUUUGAUUAUUCUUCUGGAAUUCCAACCAUAAAUUCCAAUAUUUUUUUCAUAAUUUGCAAUCAGCUGUUUGGGAUUUGGACGUGGCUCCAUCUCGUCAGAUAAGGAAUAGAUAGCGAUUAAAUGCCUCAGAGCCGCAUGUCAAAUACAAAACGACUAGUACUUAAAUCGCAAAAAUUUGAAAAAUGAACGCACAUUCAGACGCGUUGCGUCCCUCUUGUAUAGUUUGCGGAUUUAGUGAUAAUUUAUUGCGAUGUGCUCGUUGUAAAGUUACCCUAUAUUGCUCCAAAGAACAUCAGAAAAAAGACUGGAAAAAACACAAGGUGAACUGCAAUAAUUUCACCACCAAUUCUGGUAGUGUACCUAGUAGUAGCACAGGUACUAGUAGUGCUAGUGCCUCAGUUGAACAGAAAUAUGGUCAUACAUAUCACAGCAAUAAUUUAUCAUCUCUACCAGUUGAGGGUAGUUCAGAAAGUGAAAUAUUAAGUGCUGCUGGAGAGACUUUAACUCCAAUAAAUAAUAAUUUUGAAGAGAAAAGUUCAACUGAAAAAGCAUUAAUAAGUGUAAAACUAGCCAUGCCAAUAGCCAGUGAAAAUAUUGUUCAGCCAAAACCUAAGGGAUUGAAAUAUUACCCAGAGGUAGCUCUUAAUAACAGUACUGCUCCUUUCCUACAUGAUAUUCAAGACGAUGUACAAGAAGAAAUGUGCAAAAAUGUAAUACAGGACUUAAGCCAGUAUGGUUUAUGUGUCUUAGACAAUUUCCUUGGUUCUGAAUUAGGUGGUAAAGUACUUGAAGAAGUACUACACAUUAAAAAUGAAGGAGCCUUAAGAGACGGCCAGUUAGUUUCAACUAAGGGAAAGGCCCAAAAAGACUUAAAAACUAUAAGAAGUGAUAAAAUUUGUUGGGUUGAUGGUAAAGAACACAACUGCAAACAUAUAGGCUAUCUAAUAAGAAAAGUGGAUACUCUAAUAACUAGGGCUAAUAAAAUGUUAAACAAUGGAAAACUAGGACAAUACAACAUCAAUGGAAGGACAAAAGCCAUGGUAGCCUGUUAUCCAGGAUCAGGCGCACAUUAUGUUAAGCACGUAGACAAUCCUAACAGGGAUGGAAGAUGUAUAACGUCGAUAUAUUACUUGAACAUUGAUUGGGACACCCACAGAAGCGGAGGUCUACUUAGGAUAUUUCCAGAGGGGUGGUGCGAAGACAAGGUAGCAGAUAUCGAACCUCUAUUUGAUCGCCUACUAUUCUUCUGGUCGGACAGAAGAAAUCCACAUGAAGUACAGCCCGCUUAUGCAACAAGAUAUGCUAUCACGUUAUGGUAUUUUGAUGCUGCAGAACGAGAAGAGGCAGUGAGACGUUACGAUAAAGAACGUUUGAGUUUGGAGAAAUCCAGUACAUCCACCUGACAGGGAAGGGGCGUCAAAAACUCGUUUGACCUUGAAAAUGACAACGGCCUCGGGCCUCUCAGCAUCAAAUGUAUAUAAAUUUGAGAUCCUGCCGAAGAUUGUUUUAUAAUUUAGAAAUUAAGUGUUUGUAAGAUAUGUAUGAUAGUGCAUAUACACCUCUACUCUGAUAAACUUGUUAAUUCCUUUUCUUUCUAACCUGAAAAGGAACUAAGCUGUACAAUAUUUUUUUAUAUAGCAGUUUAGAAUUGAUACAAUUAUUGUUGGACAAAAAAAUUAGGACUAUUUUGUUUUCUUGUUUAAUGAAUGUGAUUGUAUAAAUGAACAAUCUAUUAAAAACCUAUAUUUUCAAAUACGUUUCUUUAGUCAAGUUUUUCUUCAAAGAAAACGAAAAAAUAACAAUUUAAUAAAUAUGUGUGUAAAAA